AUGGAAGAAGGAAGAGAUGAAGCAUUUGUUACACUAGCCACCAAUGACACUUAUGCCUUGGGAUGUUUGGUGUUGGGCAGCUCAUUACGAAGGGUGGGGACAACACGACAGCUUGUUGUUAUGAUCACAGAAGGCGUUUCACCAUCAUUGAGGGAACAAUUAGGUGGAAUUUUUGACAGCACAGUUACUGUAAAUGUACUUGACAGUAGUGACACAACUAACCUUGAGCUUCUAGGCAGGCCAGACCUCAGUGUUACAUUUACCAAGUUACAUUGUUGGCGGCUGACACAGUUCAAGAAAUGUGUGUUUUUGGAUGCAGAUACUUUGGUAUUACAAAACAUUGAUGAGCUGUUUGAGCGAGAUGAGUUGUCAGCAGCCCCUGAUGCAGGCUGGCCGGACUGCUUCAACUCUGGUGUGUUUGUUUUUGUACCAUCUGAAGAAACUUACAGAAGUUUACUCACUUUUGCUGUCACUACUGGCUCCUUUGAUGGUGGUGACCAAGGUCUUCUGAACCUAUACUUUGGCAGCUGGGCUACAGCAGAUAUUGGCAAACAUCUUCCUUUCAUUUAUAAUGUGGUUUCACAGUCUUUCUACUCUUAUAAGCCGGCUUUAAAACAAUUUUCUGACAAUGUGAAAGUUAUUCAUUUUAUUGGACCUGUGAAACCAUGGCAUCAUGCAUACAACACAGAAACACGCACAGUCACACAGCUGCCCAACACAGAAGGCAGCCAAGAGUUCUUGCAGCUGUGGUGGGAUAUUUUCAUGGACUCUGUCCAGCCACAUUUGGACCUCAGUCUU